GGUAGACACAGAUAAGAUUACCUCUUGCCCGAAACAGCCGAUUUCAGAUUUCCUAAGACAAAUUGCUCAUUUGAGUUUCUGCUAAGUGCCACAGAAGCAGUAAUAGCGUCCAAUCCGUCCAAUCAUGUUCUCUCACAAACUAAUGGAAUCGGAGCUGGCUGUCGCCGUGAACACCGAGGCUCACAGCCAGCUAGUGGAGAUCUUCCGGAACGAUACGUCAGAUCUGCCAGACGGUGAACGCAAACUAGAGCCGGCUCAUUGUGUGCUAACCACUCAAUACCUUCAGGUUGCGGAACGUAUCCUGAAUCUAACCGUGUACGAAGAUGACGUUUGGAUCGUUACAUUUCCCAAGUGCGGUACAACUUGGACUCAGGAGAUGGUUUGGCUCAUCGACCACGAUCUGGACUAUGACACAGCCAGUAAAAUCGAUCUUACCAGGCGAUCGGUGUUUAUGGAAAUCGGUUGGUUCUUCAAAGCUUUUCCUCAUGAUACAAUCGCCGCCGUAGAGAACCUCCCCCGGCCGCGCCACAUCAAGUCCCAUCUGCCGCAGGCUCUCCUACCCAAACAACUUUGGACGGUAAAACCGCGAAUCGUGUACUGCGCUCGCAACCCCAAAGACGUUGCGGUAUCGUUUAUGCACCACUAUCGCCAUCUUCACGGAUACAAUGGUCCACAGGAAACCUUCCUGGAGGCACUACUAGCCGAGCAGGUGCUCUACUGUCCUCAGAUUAAGCACGUGCUGGACUUUUGGAAUAUUCGGCACUUGGAUAAUAUUUUGUUCAUCCAUUACGAAGACAUGAAAAUGCAAAUGACGGAUGUACUUAAAGAGGUGAGCAAUUUCUUCAAAAAGUCCUAUACUGACGAUCAGUUGAAAAAGCUAGCUGAGCAUUUAUCGUUUGCGGUGAUGAAAAAAAAUCCAUCAGCGAACAACACUCUACUGCUGGAGGAGUUAGGAAAAUUAACUGGAAAGAAAAUUGAGUUUGAAUUCAUGCGUCGAGGAGAAGCUGGAUGCCAUAAAGACGAACUCACUCCGGAGUAUUUGGAACGAUUGAGGGUCUACAUUGACCAGCAGUUGCAAGGAACUAACUUCAAAUAUCGCGAAGUAUCUUCGAUUUAAAUGAAGAAAAAAUCUUGUACUCAACAGUUGCAGCGUUUAUAACUAAUUUACCUCUUCAGUAAAAAAAACAAGAGAUGCUGUUAUGAAGCUUAUUCAGAAUGAUAUUUCCGACUUAAAGUAGAAAUUGAAAACAUAAUCAAUAACAUGCGGGAUAUCCUAAACUCAAUGCCGCUGAUCUCGAGAUAUGAUACGGGUCUAACAAACCAGUCGUCGUAUAUUCGAGUUCCGGUUUGGAAGAGACUGUUAGUGUCAGUAGCAUCAUAGCACUAGUUCCGCAAUUGUCUUGUAAAUUAACAGCUGGCCGCGAUGUAUGUGUAAAAUAAAAACAGAGCCAAGUUCCGAU